AUGAUCACUAUCCCGUGGAAUGUCAUCUCUGGAUGGGGCACGCCCAAGAUUAUCCCUUAUGCGCCCCUUUCCCUUGACCCCUCAUGUACUGUCCUUCAUUAUGCUCAGACGGUAUUCGAAGGAAUGAAAGCCUACCGAGAUGAGAACAACAAGGUCACCAUGUUCAGGCCAGAUAUGAAUAUGAAGCGAAUGAACCGAAGUGCGGCCCGUAUAUCCUUGCCUACGUUCGAUGGAGAAGAGAUGCUUGAGAUUAUCAAAACACUUGUUAAGCUUGACUCACACUGGAUUCCUCAAGAGCCAGGACACAUUGGAACGCAACGAGCCCUAGGUGUUGCCCCGCCCACCGAAGCUUUGAUGUUCGUAAUUUGCAGCCCAGUUGGGCCCUACUAUAAAAACGGAUUCAAGCCGGUACGAUUGCUCGCAACCAGCAACUUUAUUCGUGCGGCACCCGGAGGAACUGGUGGAUACAAACUUGGGGCAAACUAUGCCCCAGGCGUUGUGCCUCAAGUUCUGGCGGCCAAGGAGGGUUAUGACCAAAACCUCUGGUUGCUCGGGGACGAACAUUAUCUGACCGAGGUCGGGACGAUGAACCUGCUUGUGGUAUUCAAACACCCUGAUGGUACAACCGAGCUUGCUACCCCUCCCUUGGAGGAUGUUAUUCUUCCUGGCGUAACACGCGACUCUAUUCUCGCGCUUGCACGUGACCACGAGUCCGGAAAAGCGCGUAUCCCUGGUUUGCCUAAUGAUCUGAAGGUUAGGGAGCGCCAUAUUAAGAUGGAGGAAGUCAAGGCAGCAGCAGAAUCAGGAAAUCUACUCGAGGUUUUCGGUGCUGGUACGGCCGCGAUCGUUUGCCCGGUCAAGGCGAUAGGAUACCAAGGGAAGGACAUUGAUAUCCCGGUUGGCGAUCAAGGAAUGGGCCCGGUGUGCAAGGCCAUUCUUGAUCAGAUUGUAGCUCGUCAAAUGGGCACCGUCGAGAGUGAUUGGAGUGUGGUGGUAACAGAGGGGACUAAAGGCAGCUUGAAAGGUCCUAAACCCAUUGCUUAA